UGGAGGAGGGAAGUCGCAAUGUGCCCCUUGGCACUCUCAUUGCCCUCAUGGUGGAGGAAGGGCAGGACUGGAAGCAGGUUGAGAUGCCCCCUCCAGAUGCUGCAGCUCCACCUGCAGCUCCACGUGCUCCAGAGGCAGCCACGGCCCCAGUUGUGUCUCCUGCUGCCCCCUCUCCAGUUACUCCCCCAAAACUGGCCACAUCAGGACCGUUGCGCCUGAGUCCAGCUGCCAGACAUAUCCUGGACACCCAUGGUUUGGAACCUAAAUUGGCCACAGCCACAGGACCAAGAGGACUUAUCACCAAGGAGUGAGUACGGAUGAAUGGAUUAGCU